UAGGAAAACAAUUUUACAGCGUACUUUGAAAGAUAUGCUCCAAGGACCUUGACUGGCAAGGGUUUGAUGGCUACUUAUUGUCCACUUGGAGCAUUACCUGCAAAUACCGACCAAACUAUAGGUUCUACUGUUAAACUGAAAUGUUGCAACAGGCUCGGCGACAGCGCGGUCGGUUGUCGUCGUCCCUGACGCGGCUGAUUGGCAACGCUUGUUGCGCGGACCCCCACUGCGAGCCCAAGCACCUUGACCAUGCAAAUGAACCCAAUAACAGCUGCUGUAAUCCUACAUCGGGUGAUAGGGACAACACAAACCUCAGGUCCCCUUGCAACACAUCCUCCACCGGCGCCAGCCCGGCAGCGAGCGGAUUACAGCCACGCAUUUCUGGGCUUGCUCAGCAACAGCGCUCCGGCCAUACCUAUCAGCAGCACAACCCAACCGCCGUCAUCCAUUCUCCUCCCGUGCCCCUCCUCACCCCACGCUGCCUCCUACCCCACCACCCUGACCCCUCCCUCCCUGCACCCCACCACGGGCUCCGCUGCUUCAGCCGCCGCACCCACGCUCCCAAGCAGCACACAGCGCCCGCCGCCGCCACCGUCUCUGACACUGGCCAGCGCAUCCGGCCCACGGACCCCUCUGCUACUGGGGAGGCCACCGCUGCCGCAAGCCUGGCCGCACCCGCUGCUGCUGCGAGGGCCGCCAGCUCCGCGGCACCGGGGCCGCCGCCCGCGCCGUGCAGCCCCGCCCCGGGGGGUGCCGUACGCGGUCUGGCCACGCAGCGCCACGUGCUGCGUCUGGGCCCCACCGUGCAGUCGCUGUGCGUGCAGGAGAUCCUGGGCCGCGCCAAGAUGAACACCCUGUUCGAGGUGAUCAUCGUGCGCUCGGACGGGCGCACGCUGGAGCCCAACGGCGGCCUCACUGCCUCCGACCUGGGGCUGCACUCGCGCGACCUCUCGCUCUUCGCCUCGGACUCGCGACUGUCGCCGCAGCGGGCCACCAUCGCGGUUCGCGGCGACCGCAUCCUGUUCCGCAGCGAGGCCAUCAAGGCGGUCAUCGAGCGGGAGCAGUGCACACUCAUCAAGAACAAACGCGACCGCGACUUCCACGACAUCAUCAAGCCCAUGACACUGGUCAUUGACGCGCAGCCGCACGUGCCCUUCGAGCUGAGCGUGCUGGAGGUGCUGUUGCACGUCACGCUGCUGUACUUCGAGCGGCGGCGCACCCACAUCAGCUGGAUGAUCGAGCGGAUCAUGGGGGACACCUCCUCGGGCGCCGCCAGCAGCGGACUGGGGGGCGGCGGCCAGGAGGGCGCGCUGGGCAGCGGCGACCCCUUCGGCGGCAUCGGCGAGUCCACCGUGCAGCAGUUCGUGCCGCUGGAGAAGGUGAUCACCUCGGUACUCAAUGACGCUCGUGAGACGUGCGACGCCAUAAACAGGUUCCUGGACGAUGACCGGGAGGCGCUGGGCGGCCUGCUGCUCUCCUUGCCGUACACCCCCACCUCCGCCCUCGCCGCCGCCGCCCCCGCCAGUACGACACCACGGCUGCCGCGGUACGACAAAGCGCAGUACGAUGUAUCUCGCUACGACCUGGGCUCCGGGAGUGCGACAUUCGACUACGACGCACUCCAGCAGGAGUGCCGCGCGGAGCAGCAGAAGCGGGUGACGGAGCCGAUGCCCUCCUCGUCGUCGAGUGACGGCGCCGCUAGCUGCAGCGGGGUCAGCGGGGUCAGCGGGGGCGGGUCAGCAGCGCCUGCUGGCGGUCGCAAGGCCUUCGGUGUGAUGACGCCAGCCAUAGGCGGUGCGGACCCCGCCCAACGGCGUGCGAUGCUACGUAACCAGGCGCUUGAGGACGCCUCCCGCAUCCUGGACACCUACCUGCGCGAGAUGGAGUCCAUCGUGGGCUCGCUGCUGGAGGCGGAGGACUACCUGGAGUCCACUCGCGAGACGUACCGCAUGCAACUGGACUCGGCUCGCAACCACAUCAUCCUGGUCAACCUGUGGACCAGCGUCGCCUCCAUCAGCCUCAUGGUGGCCGCCCUGCCCAGCGCCUUCUUCGGGAUGAACGUGCAGCACGGCAUGGAGGAGUUCCGGGGCGCCUUUCCGCUUAUCGUGGCGGUUAGCCUGGGUCUCGCAGUGGCCUCCUACCCGGCCUUCAUGCGCCACUUCACGGAGCGCUUCCUGCGGCAGAGCCGACAUGACACACGGAGCCUUUGGAUGCUGCGGACGUUCCUCAUGCAGCACAGCGACGACUUGGAAGCAAUAACGGACGCACUGCAUAGCCUGCCGGUUGUGACCCAUGGGUCGGCGUCUGGCUCAACCAGUCGAGAGCAUUUCAAACGGCACCUGCGCAACCGCCUUCCACGUCAUGUGCAGCUAACAAACAGCCAGCUAGAUUAUCUGUAUGACCAGUUUGAGCGGGACAAGGACGGAGUACUAAACGAAAUCGAAGCGACGCUGCAAAGCAGCAAGAACUAUGCGGGCAGGACUUCCGGCGCUGGCAGGGGUGGGGGCCACCUGGGCAUGGGGCUGGGGCAGGGCCUGUUUGGCCAGGACUUCGGCUCGGCGGAGGCUGAAGAUGUGGCUGACGUGGCGGGCGUUGUAGGAAGUGACGGGGAGCCUCUAGGGGGUGAAGACUCCGGCACGGGCGUAGGAUUGAAAAGAGGCAGGAAAGGGGAGGGGAUGCUUACUAAGAAGGACGCAGGGACCGUAGAUCAGCUGGGGAGGAGACAUGGCGCACCGCAUGGCACGAUGGGCCGGCUGCUUAGCAAGUGGGGUCGUGCGGGCAGUGGUGGUUAGGGGGAUGGAGGGUAGGAGAUAGACACUACGAGUGACGGGGGAGGUGCUAUGCAUGGGAAAGCGCAAGCAGGGACUACCGUACGUAGUGUUGGCAUGUUGGAUGACGCAAAGGGCAAGCUCAUGUGCUAGGCAUUGCAGGCAUAGGUCGCUGCGUUGUAAAGUGACAGCCUGUACCCCGCAGGUAAUGGGACGGAACAAGUGCGGCAUGCGUUGCUCGGGGGCUGCAAUACAUACAUGCAUGUUGAUAUCUGCGAAUGAAAAUGCGUUUGGUGUUGAUAUGCAUGGGAGAAUCCAGAUAUUUGCCUUACUGGUACCGGUAUGUAGGUUGCAAUGCCAGCUACGAUACAUACAGUUAUUGCAGCUGGGGCGCUCAACUAGCACUGCUGGUCAUUAUAGGUGCAUAUAGGGACGAAAGAUGACUUACGCUCAUGUUUAGGAUGUUCUUGUCCUAGCCAUAUGGGUAGAUAGUGCAGUCAAGUGGGGCCGAAUACCGGUAUGGUGCACAGUCAGCAGUGCAGGUAUCAUGCUGUGUAGGAGUCGACAGCGUUUGCCCACAUACAUGCACCAGCAGCUAACUUGCGCUCGGACUGUGGCAUGCCUUCUUUUUCCUAAGAAAAUUACACAUGAGGGUUUUACAGGUGUUCGCAAAUCAUCACAAUCCCGCCCAGGAGCACUACUGUUGCUCGUCAUGGCAAUAAUCUAGCAGCCCUAUUGGGUGCAUGGCUGUCUGCGG